CUUAGCUCAGGCUGACAGAAGAAGUUCAGAAGCCACAAAAAUGGGUUAAUGUGACACGUACACACUCGUGUGUCAAAUCCCUAAGGAAAUUCUCCAAUUGUUGGAAUGAGUUCGGACUUCUUAGCCUACAUUUCCCAGCACGCCCUGCGCCGCGCCCCUUCCACCUCCGGAGUGACGUCCCCCGCGUCUGUGGGCGCAGAACUCCGCUUCCGCUCUCGGGCGGGGCGGAUCGGACUCCGAAAACGCCGGGUGACGCACUUCCUCCCAGGGCUGGCGGCCGAAUCGCCUUGUGGCGGGUUCGAGUCCCGCCUCCUGACUGUCGCCUCUGGACCCUGAGUUCUGGGUGGAGUGCACUCGCUCGGGAACCUCUCCUGGGCCAGGGACAACGGCAUCCCUCGGGCUCCACCAUGGAGGACUACCUGCAGGGUUGUCGAGCUGCUCUGCAGGAGUCCCGGCCUUUGCACGUGGUACUAGGAAAUGAAGCCUGUGACUUGGACUCCAUGGUAUCUGCUCUUGCCUUGGCUUUCUACCUAACCAAGACAACUGAAGCUGAGGAAGUCUUUAUACCAGUUUUAAAUAUAAAACGUUCUGAGCUACCUCUGCGAGCGGUGCACUUGGCAGAAGAGGAUAACCACCACCAUCGGGAGAAGCACUGCCUUGGUCGAGGAAAACAAGUAGCGGCACUGUCCUGCCAGAACCUGCAAAGUGACUCGGCUCUGGAGGAGUCAGUAGCAGAGGUGAUUGAUCAUCGACCCAUUGAGCAGAAACAUUGUCCUCCCUGCCCCGUCUCGGUUGAGCUGGUGGGGUCCUGCGCUACCCUGGUGGCUGAGCGGAUCCUGCAGGGGGCACCAGAGAUCCUGGACAGAGAGACUGCAGCCCUUCUGCACGGAACCAUCAUCCUGGACUGUGUCAACAUGGAUCUUAAAAUUGGAAAGGCAACCCCAAAGGACAAGGAGUAUGUGGAGAAGCUAGAGGCCCUCUUCCCAGAUCUGCCAGAAAGAAAUGAGAUCUUUGAUUGCCUACAAAAGGCAAAGUUUGAUGUGUCAGGCCUGACCACCGAGCAAAUGCUGAGAAAGGACCAGAAGGUCAUCUACACACAAGGUGUGAAGGCGGCCAUUAGUGCGGUAUACAUGGAUCUGGUGGCCUUCCUGCAGAGGCCUGGCCUCCUGCAAGACCUCAGCGCACUCUGCCAGGCUCACAGCUGCGACGCCCUGGUUGCCAUGACCAUCUUUUUCAACACUCACAAUGAGCCAGUGCGGCAGUUGGCCGUUUUCUGUCCCCAAGUUGCCCUUCGGAUGAUGAUCUGUGGCGCCCUGGAAUGCUCCCACUCCCCAGUGCUGAAGCUGACCCCUAUCCCGACCACCCACCCUGACCUCCAAGCCUAUCUUCAAGGCAAUACCCAGGUCUCUCGAAAGAAACUUCUGCCUCUGCUCCAGGAAGCCCUGUCAGCGUACUCUGACUCGGGGAAGAUUCCCACAGAGCAGCCUGAGGCAGUGGGAGCCUCUGCGGAGCAGGCGGACCAGGGGUUGGACAAGACGGGUAGUUCCCUGACUCCUGGACUGAGUCAAGAUGAAGAUGACCCCCCUCUACCCCCCACCCCCAUGAACAGCUUGGUGGAUGAGUGCCCUCUGGACCAGGGGUUGCCCAAGCUCUCAGCUGAGGCCGUCUUUGAGAAGUGCAGUCAGAUUUCACUGUCACAGUCUCCCACUGCUGCCGUGUCAAAGAAAUGACUCCUGGGAGGGGAUGGGGUGCAGGAGGGGUGGCUUGACGCACCUCAAAUGCAUGUUUUGGGAAGUUUGGAGAUUUCAGCUGUUGGUAUACAGUACUGUCCUCAUGAAACUGGGAGGUGAAAGACAGGAAAGAAAGCAGCUGCUGUAGGAAUGGCUUUCUGCCCUUUUCCUCCAGUCUCUACCAAUCAGACAGAUGUUAUUAUUUAAAUCUACAUUGACUUUUCUCUCUUUCAUUUGUCAGGGGGCACGAUGUAAUGUAGUAUACCCACAGUCCCAGCAGAGUGG